AUGGCGGCGGACGGCGAGUACACGGCGGUGACGUACGGCCUGAUCCGCAGCGGGCGGCUGGCCGAGGCGGCGGCGCUGCUGAGCGCCGAGCUGCAGCGCAGCGGGCGCUCGCGGGGCGGCCUCUCGCUGCUCGGCUACUGCUACUACCGGCUGCAGGAGUUCGCGGCGGCGGCCGAGUGCUACGAGCAGCUGGCGGCGCUCGAGCCGGGCCUCGACGCGUACCGGCUGUACCGGGCGCAGGCGCUGCAGCGCGCCGGGCUGCACGGCGAGGCGCUGCGCGCCGCCGCGCCACUGCUCGACGUGCCGGCCUACCAGGGCCGCGCGCUGCGCCUGCAGGCCGCCGUGCGCUACGCKCAGGGCGAGCUGGCCGCCGCCAAGAGCCUCGUGGAGGAGGCGCGGGCCGCGGCGGGCGAGCGCGCYGCCGAGGCGCCCUGCGAGCUGCCCGAGGCCGAGGUGAACCUGGGCUGCCUGCUCUACGGGCAGGGCCGCCACGAGGAGGCGUGCGGCAAGUUCGCGGGCGCCAUGCAGGUGCUGGGCGACUGCCCCGAGCUCUCCUACAACAUGGCGCUGUGCUGCUACGCCACCAAGCAGUACGCGCCCGCGCUCAAGCACAUCUCGGACAUCAUCGAGCGCGGCAUCCGCCAGCACCCCGAGCUCGCCGUGGGCAUGGGCACRGAGGGCAUCGACGUGCGCAGCGUGGGCAACACGCUGCUGCUGCACCGCACCGCCCUCGUGGAGGCCUUCAACCUCAAGGCGGCCAUCGAGUACCAGCUGCGCAACGUGGAGGCGGCGCGCGAGGCGCUCACCGACAUGCCACCCCGCGCCGACGAGGAGCUCGACCCCGUCACGCUGCACAACCAGGCGCUCAUGAACAUGGAGAGCCAGCCCAGCGAGGGCUUCGAGAAGCUGCAGUUUCUCCUGCUGCAGAACCCCUGCCCACCAGAGACCUUCGGCAACCUGCUGCUGCUCUACUGCAAGCACCAGUACUACGACCUGGCGGCCGACGUGCUGGCCGAGAACGCCCACCUGACCUACAAACUGCUCACGCCCUAUCUGUACAACUUCCUUGACGCCAUCAUAACCUGCCAGACCGCUCCCGAGGAGGCUUUCCACAAGCUGGACGAGGCGGCAGGGACACUGACAGAGCAACUGAGAAAACUCACAAAGCAGGUGCAGGAAGCUCGGCAAAAUCGGGACGACGAGGCCAUAAAAAAAGCAGUAAACGAAUACGAUGAGACUCUGGAAAAAUACGUGCCUGUCUUGAUGGCCCAGGCAAAGAUCUACUGGGACAUGGAGAACUACCCAAUGGUAGAGAAGAUCUUCCGCAAGUCGGUGGAGUUCUGCAACGAGCACGAGGUGUGGAAGCUCAACGUAGCUCACGUGCUCUUCAUGCAAGAAAACAAGUACAAGGAAGCCAUUGGCUUCUACGAGCCCAUCGUUAAAAAGCACUACGAUAACAUUCUCAAYGUCAGCGCCAUCGUGUUAGCCAACCUCUGCGUUUCCUACAUCAUGACAAGCCAGAACGAGGAGGCCGAGGAACUCAUGAGGAAGAUUGARAAGGAGGAAGAGCAGUUGUCCUACGACGAUCCAGAUAAAAAGAUCUACCAUCUCUGCAUUGUCAACCUAGUCAUCGGUACCCUCUACUGCGCAAAGGGGAACUACGACUUUGGCAUUUCGAGGGUCAUUAAAAGCCUAGAGCCAUACAACAAGAAGUUAGGCACCGAUACAUGGUAUUACGCCAAAAGGUGUUUCCUGUCCUUGCUGGAGAACAUGGCCAAGCACAUGAUAACGCUGCGCGACAGUGUUACUCAAGGGUGCAUCCAGUUCCUGGAGCACUGUGAACUGUAUGGAAGAAACAUCCCCGCUGUCAUAGAGCAGCCACUUGAGGAGGAGAGGAUGCACAGCGGCAAGAACACGGUUACGUAUGAAGCCAGGCACUUGCGGGCACUCAUGUACGAGAUCAUCGGGUGGAACAYGUGAGCGUUCCCAGGGACCACGGGAGUCACCUCACACCCCUUUUGAUGCUCACCCCUGCUGAUGCUCACCACAGCGAUACGCUUCUUCCUGAUUGCUCACAUUUAAAUAUUUUAUCCUACGUUUUAACAGCAUGCCAUGGAAAAUGGCAUACUUGCAUAAAUUCACAUACCAGGAAUAAAUUCACAUAACCAGGAGCAUUCUCAGUAGUCAGUCCUAUAAAAUACACUUCAAGAUCUACCGGCCAAGAACUUCAAUACCAAAACGUCAUGGAGUUUCGACCUCUAAAAUAUUUUAUGCCCGUAACAUUUGUUUCUUUUCGUCUGUUCACUAUUAAAAGUGAUUCAUCAUCCAUCUCAUCCAGCACAGAAACUGAGGAAACAAUUGUUUUAAUCUCCAAUUUGUGCAUUUGUGUAACAUGUUUC